AAGGAGAAUAUGUUGCAGUAGGCUAAGCUGAAUCUAUAGACUAUAGGACCAUACUCUCUCUAUCUCUCUCUCUCUCUCUCCACACAAAGAGAGAGAAACAAAACAAAGCAUUGUAAAGUGUAAAAAUGAGUAUAGAGAAAGUGUAGAGAGAGAUAGAAACAAAGAAGAAGACUAGAGAGAGAAAGAGAAAGAAGACUGUGAUGUGAACAACAACUGCAACAUUAUGAAAUAGCAACAGAAAAAGGUAACAACGUUGGCAAGUUGGUAACGUGGAUUCAGGUCUUUUGAGAGAAACAAUCAAAGAAAACGACAUCACCUAAAGCAAGAAGAAGAAGAGAAAAAAAUCUCACAACAACAAUAAUCCUUUCAAAAAGUUGUUUUUGGUUUUUCCAGCUUAUUAAAAAAGUGAUCUUUGAUUUUCAUUGUCACUCACCAACAAACCCAACACACAAAAAACCAAAUCCCAUAAAACCCAAAAACACAAACACACUAAAGUUAUGUUUUUUCUUCUCCUGUAACUGAAAAAACAAAACUUGAAGCAUCACUAUGAUUUUUUCUUAGUUGUUACAGAAGAAAAAACCAGUCACUAAUUUAUCAUUACUUGCAUUUAACUCUCAUCAUUUCUGGUUAAUGUUCUCUCUCUCUCAUGAGUUAUUGAUGGGUUAAUCUAUUUGUGGUUGCUUCAAAGGAGCUUCUUUUGUUUCUUCAAUUGUUGUUGUUCUUGUGUGUCUUUGGUUGUGUGUGUUUUUGUUUUGUUCUUCUCUUUGUUGUUGGUGAAUGGCACAUCUGGAGUGUAAUCUAAGGGCCCCAGGAACUUCUCAACAAGAAAAAGGAGAGAAAAAUGAUGAGCUGUAUGGAGAGUUAUGGAAGUUAUGUGCAGGUCCUUUGGUGGACGUUCCUAAUAUUAGUGCGAGAGUUUACUACUUUCCGCAGGGUCAUAUGGAACAACUGCAAGCAUCUACUAAUCAAGAAUUGAACCAAGAAAUUCCUCAUUUCAAUCUACCGUCGAAGAUGUUAUGCCGUGUUGUUAAUCUUCGGUUGAUGGCUGAGCAAGAAACUGAUGAGGUUUAUGCUUGUAUUGCUUUGCUUCCAGAAUCAGAUACUGAGCCUGUUGAUCCUGAACUGAUUCCUCCCGAGUCUCCAAAACAGAAGUUUCACUCAUUUUGCAAAAUACUAACGGCUUCUGAUACUAGCACACAUGGGGGAUUUUCUGUUUUGAGGAAGCAUGCUACUGAGUGCUUGCCACCAUUGGACAUGACACAAGCAACUCCAACUCAGGAGCUUGUAGCAAAAGAUCUCCAUGGAUUUGAGUGGAAGUUUAAGCACAUAUAUAGAGGUCAACCAAGGAGGCACUUGCUCACAACUGGCUGGAGUACAUUUGUCGCCUCCAAAAGAUUGGUGGCCGGAGAUGCUUUUGUUUUCCUAAGGGGAGAGGACGGGCAACUGAGAGUUGGCGUUAGGCGUAUGUCUAAACAGCAUUGUCCUAUGCCUUCAUCUGUGAUAUCAAGCCAAAGCAUGAAUCUCGGAGUGCUUGCAACUGCUUCUCAUGCUCUUAUGACUCAAACCAUGUUUGUUGUUUAUUACAAACCAAGGACUAGUCAGUUUAUUGUUGGUUUGAACAAGUAUUUGGAGGCAGUCAACAAUUAUAGGUUUACUGUUGGUAUGAGAUUCAAGAUGAGAUUUGAAGGAGAUGACUCACCCGAAAGAAGAUUUUCUGGUACUAUUGUUGGGGUUGGGGAUUUAUCUGCUGGAUGGUCGAAUUCUCAAUGGAGAUCGUUGAAGGUUCAAUGGGAUGAAGCGGCAACAACUCCAAGACCAGAGAGAGUUUCUCCAUGGGAGAUAGAACCUUUCACAGCUUCUCCUUCUUUGAAUGUCACUCAACCAUCAGCCAAGAGCAAAAGAUCUCGGCCCGCCGAUGUUUCAUCUAGUGGUUUUUGGUAUCCUGGGGCUGGAUCGUCCCAGGCUCAUGAGCAUACCCAAUUGGUCGGUGCUUCCGAAGUCCAAGCCAAAGAGAAUCAUAUCGUAACUUCUAGAGUCUCAGUGGAAGGAAUUUGGCCUAAUUCACCAUAUAUGAAUGUUACUUCCAACCCUUAUGCAUCUAGACCGGUCGACGGCCCCACAUGCGAUCAUCCAGUCAAAGACGCAAACAAGACUUCGAACCCCCUAGAUUGCUGGCUAUUUGGAGUUAACUUGAACAAAAACAACAAAUGCAACAAUGUUAAUCCUUGUUUAGAAAAAGAACAUGGAUUUCCAAAUUUAGCCAAUGUCACUACUAGUGGUCCCAAGGAAUCUAUCCUUACAAAUGCAUGUGAAACUGAAAAGGUUCAGAGUCCUAACAAUUCAUUGUCUACCAAAGGGCAGCAGAAGAAAAUAAUUUGUGAUGUAUCAUCAAAUGAAUGGCAGAACAAGCUGGCCACUGUACCAUCCAUGAGAACAAGGACUAAGGUGCAAAUGCAAGGUGUAGCUGUUGGUAGAGCACUUGACUUAACCAUGUUAAGUGGUUAUGAUGAACUCAUUGAUGAAGUUGAGAAACUAUUUGAUAUCAAAGGAGAGCUACGUUCACAAAACAAAUGGCGAGUUACUUUCACUGAUAAUGAAAAUGACAUGAUGCUUGUUGGUGAUGAUCCAUGGCCGGAAUUUUGCAACAUUGUGAAAAAGAUUUUCAUUUGUUCAAAAGAGGAUUUGAAGAAAAUGAAAUGCAAGCUACCUAACUCUUCAUUAGAGAUGGAAGAGACAUUGUUUAGCUUAGAUUCACAAAAUAGGGAUGAGAAUUAACAAACUCAUGUGACUUAAUUUAUCAACUUUUUUUGGUUGGUUUGAGAUGGAAAAUUAGGGUGCUUGAUUUUAUGGAACCUUCACAACAACUUCAAAAUUGUGGACUACUUGAAGUUGGAUUUUAGGUAACUUUAUUUUUGUGAAUACUUUUUUUUGGGUAGGCUAUAGUGCCAUUAGCUUGUAAACAAAUAUGCAUUUCCCUAACUAUAAUUUUUAUCUUUGUUGUUGGACA